UCACGAUUACCUAAAUAACCUCAAUGUUUUGAAUAACUUUUUGAGUAUAUAAUUUAUUAUAUGGUGAGAAUAUAGCUUCAUUUUGUGAAUAUUAGACGGCACAACAUACUAUUUAUCUCAGGAUGUUGACUUAAGGCCCCAUUCACCACAACAAUGUCCUAUGUAAAAGUGUUGCAUUGCACCUUCUGCAUAAAACAUGGUGUAAACUUCACUAAACCUGUGCUGCUUCAAUUUUCAAAUGACUUCUCCCAACAACUGGCUCGCCUUUCCAUAUCCCAUAGCUGGAGCAGCAAACUGCCUGUCACCACGCAGACACAGACAUGUACACCCAAGAGCAAAAUACCUCAGGACACCAGAGUAUGGAAGGAAACACCGUCACAUGAUAGAAAAAACAAUUUUGGACAGUAUUGCAUGAUGUUAUCCAAGUUUCGACUUACUUCAUUAGUUGUAAUGACGUCAAUGGCCGGCUACGCUCUUGCACCAGCGCCGUUCGAGCUGAUGACGUUCGCGCUAUGUGCCGCGGGAACUGGCUUGGUCUCAGCUGCUGCUAAUUCUAUCAACCAGUAUCAUGAAGUGCCGUUCGAUGCUCAGAUGUCGAGGACUAAGAACCGAGUACUUGUUAAAGGAUUAUUAGAGUAA